AUGAUUCAUUCCGGCUUUCCCAUUCCUCUUCCGAAACCCGAUGCUGCGCGAGAUUUUGUUGCUUUUCUUCGUGUUUGGGGUCGCAGAAGAAAUUUUGAUGAGCGGCCUGGCGAGGUAUUUACCAACAGCCGAGCGCAGAUGGCCCACGCAAGCACCACCUCUAUGCAAGAGCUCAAUGGCGAAGACAUGGCCGACCAGGUGUCGUACGGAAAUCGAGGCGGGAGCGUUUCUGCGGAUGAGGUGGAUCAUCACGAGUUGAAUCACCUCACUGAUCCUCUUGAGAGCGCCGCCUCGACCUCGACCUCCCACAUACAGCCGGGGAGGCAGGGCGUUAAGGUCCGCCGUCUGGAAAUCGGCACAGACGUCGAUGACAUAUACUGCAUAUUUUGUCUCGCCGAGAAUGGGAAUCCUACCAACGAGAAUGUAAUUCUGCAGUGUCGACGCUGCCAAGCAUUGUCACAUUUGAGUUGUAUGGAGGAGUGGUUGAAGCAAUGCAGACCUGAGAUGCACGAGUCAUGCUGCGCCUGCCGAAGUGAAGAGCCUCAAGACGCCCUGUUACGCGGGUGGCCAUUGCAGAUUCGAAUGAGCACUGAUGCAGCCAGAAGCUGGAGUGUCACUGCAGUUACCCCAUACGAUACUCCGUCAGCGGAUUCCUCCCCCUCUGUAUACAGAUCCACCCCAGUGCAAAUUUGCAAGCGGGUGCAGUGCAACAAGAGAGACCUCAGAUAUUGCCCCGCAGAUCGACUAGACUGA